GCGGGUCACAACGCGAGCCAAACAGCUAGCUGAGCUGCCGGGUGGUUAAACGCUGGAGAACUGUGCCAGUGUUACCAUCCGACUUGUCAAUAUCGUUUCAUCCGGUGAAUCGUCUCGUUCGGUACGUCGCCGAUUCGCGUGUUCGUCUUCAUCGACGUGGGGAGUGUAGUCGUGGAGGAACAGUGGUUGUUUUCGCUCCGUUUUCGUUGUCUUUAUCACUGUGAAGCAAAGUUACGCGAAUAUCGAAGACAUUCGAUGAAUACAUUAUAAUGUGUACAUAGAGGAAGCAAGAAACGAAUUGUCAUCAUCGAAAGUGAAGUGUUGUGGUGAAUCUUUACGAUGGCUACGUUUUGAGUGCCGGUCUUCUAAUAAAAAUGUAACGUCUCCUAACCAACCGUGACUUCUUCAUCUAUCAUCCCCGCCUAUGCUUUCCUUAUCGUUCCUCAGCCACUCGUAGACCUAGCCGAUGACAAUCGCGGCUUAAACAUUGUUUUUCCAUCUGUAUCGGAAGACAACAGCAUUCGACGUUCAAUCUCGUUCGAUAAACGAUAAUCCGUGUCGACGAUCGUCCAGUAAUCACCAGACUCGACUGCGGCUCACUCCGUCACCUGUCCCCCUGGGAAUGUUUUAUCAGGGUCAUGGCUGUGAAAGAAUGGUUCAGAAGACUGCAGCCAGUCCAGUUGUACCUGGUCCUGUUCUUCACCACCGCCUUCUUCCUCGUCGAGAUCAUUGCUAGCCAUGUGACUCACUCGCUAACGUUACUCCUCAAUGCUUACCACAUGCUGUGCAAUAUCAUUGCACUUGUUGGUUGCAUUGCUUCGAUCAAGUACAGUCAUCGUCAAAGUGGCACUGACUAUAUUGGUAACAGCAACUCCAGUUCCUUACGGAAUUCCGUGAUUUGUAUAAACAAUGAGGACCGAGCAUCUUCGACGUCCUUAUCAAAUAAAACCAAGCAAUCACGAUCAGACAGGAGGAUGAAAAAUACUUUUGGAUGGGCCAGGAUCGAUGUUCUCACCAUGUUGAUUUGUUGCGUUUUCCUUGCGUCUUUUUGCUUUUCCCUGCUGGUGGAAGCAUUGCAGACUUUAGUGCACAUAGACCAUCUGGACGAGAUGCAUCAUCCAAUGCCUGUUCUAGCAAUCGGUGCUUCUGGUAUUCUUCUUAACGCGUUUUGCUACAUAAUGAUUGGAGGGUACACUUUCAACCAAGGGAUUGUUCUGCACGUUACGGUGAACGGGGAUUUGAUGUUACGAAGAAAUGUCACUUCUGAACCGGCGAAGGAGGGCGAACAGUUAUCUGCUCAAACCAGACGAAGUCCGUUAGGUAUACCAAAAAGCCAAGGUUUUCGGGAAACUUGCCGCGAUGUGCUCGGCUGCGUUUUUAUGAUGUUGGUGUCCAUCCUCGUUUACUUCACUGACUCCGGCGUCGCCAAAUACAUCGACCCUCUGUUCGCCAUUAUUGCCUCCAUCUCUCUUUUCGUUCUCAGUUACCCUUACAUGAAAGAAUCUGGACUGAUACUUCUUCAAACGAUUCCCAACCAUAUAAAUAUCGAUUCUCUGAAGAGGGAAUUACUCGAAGCUUUCCCAGGCAUAGUCAACGUCCAUGAUUUGCAUGUGUGGCAGUUGACAGGACAGAAGAUUAUAUCCACUGUUCACAUUAUAUUUUUGGAUCCUAUGGUGUACGCUAGUAUCACCAAUCAGGUUACGGAAUUUUUCAUAGAAAUGGGUAUAACACAGGUGACCAUCCAGCCAGAGUUUCACAAGAUAAAGCCUAAUACGGACAAAACAGGCUGUCUAAUUCGCUGUCACGGUGGACAUUGCAGUUCUUCCCAGUGUUGCUCGAAGGAAAAGUUUAUAGAGGACUCGUGUUCGCACGUCCCAAUGGAGCAAGCGUUGCCAAUAACCAAAAAAUCGGACAAAAAGGAAAUUAUUUCAGUUCCGUCGGUGGUCGAUUUAAAGGGAUUCACCGUUCACGACGAUGUGGCGUUACGAUCACCUAGGGACAACAUCAUGGACAGAAUCGCGAGUCGGUCGAACGAUGGAAGGGCAGAAGAUAACAAAGAUAACGCGUACGAUAGUUCCUAUGCGAUAAACGUGGACGUUAGUAAUCAAAAAUGCAGUACCAGUCGUAGCACUGAAAUAGAAUCGUAACGUUAAGACAAUAAUUAAACAAACGAUAGUAUUUUUAUAUCAUUAUAUAUUUUUAACAAGAAAUGAUUGUUUCGAACGAAUAACGGAGUAACAAGAUUUCAUUGAAAUAAUUGACAAUCGAAGAAUUUACUAACGUGAAAAUUAGAAAGUAAAUAUCAAUUUAGAGUUUGUUAGAUAGUUGUGUCUUUUUCAAUCAUUGACUUCUCUCUUUUGUUAUAACAUCUACUUUUUACUGUGACGAAAUGUUCACGGUAAAUGAGUUUAAUAAUUAUAUAGUAUUAAGCAAUAACGUAUUUGUUAUGGCAUAUAAAAAUAAUAAUGAAUGUUGUUUAUUUCUUAGUUCCUUGAGACGGAUAUUUGAAUAAUUUUAUAUAUAGACAUUGUUUAUAAUGAAUGAUUCUUUAUUAGAUUUAAUGGGAUAGAGCAAGUGAAACAUAAAGUCUGUAACUUGAAUAUGUGCUGUUACUUUU